AUUGUGAAAAGCCGCAAAGGAAGCUGGACCUCGGCGCAGCUCGGUUUGUUUUGAUCCCGCCCUCCACCGGAACACCGCGACAUGACAACCGGACCCCGACGCGUCCGCAGCUCCGGUGACGGGACAAAGAGGACCGGGACCCGGAGCUCAGACCUGGGGCUUUAAGAACCGAGCGGCUCGGUGCAGCGGACCCGGGCUGCGGUGGACUCCUGGCGGCUGCAGCUCCACCUGCGUCCCGCUGAUCUGAGACAUGUACCAGGUCCAGGGCAAAGGUGAAAGGGUCGUUGCCAUGGUGCUGAAGGAGCUUCCUGGUAAAAAGGCCUCCUCUGAAGGAAACCCCCUCCUCACCGUGACAACCAAGCUGGUCAGCGAGCAGCAGGAGAGUCGCCCCCUGCUGAGUCCCUCCAUCGAUGACUUCCUGUCAGAGAGCCGUAGCGACGCCGCCUCCUCCCGACCCCUCACCUCCAACACAGCAGCAUCCGUUAUUCACACCUCUGACCUUCUCUUUGUUUCUGUAACUGAGACGCAGCUGAAAACUGUGGUCGAGUGUCAGCAUGAUGAAGGUCACAGUGACCGCUGCAGCUCAUAUUCAUUCAUCCAUGUGGCCUUUCUGUCCACAGCUCAGAACCUGGUGGACCUCAGCGAGCCGGGGGAGGUCAGUGGGGGGAGGAGGAGGAGUCCUCUGAGGAGGAAGGGCAGCUCGAUGAGUCCUCGACGGCGAGCGUGUCCUGAGGAGACGGAGCUUAUCCAGGUGGAGGUGGAUCACCUGCCCGUCCGUCCCAGGACACCUGAGCGGGUGUCCCUGGACUCAGUCAGUGUUUCGUCUCCUCUGGACAAAUGGGAAGAGGUGAAUCUGGACGUGGAGGACGGAGGACGCAGGAGGAGACAUGAGAAGAAAUGCACCUCCCAUCACUCCUCCAGUGAACUGCUGUGGUCUGCAGAGUUUAAAACUGAUCCAGUGACCAAGAACGUCCACAGCUUCACCUCGUCACCACAGGUACUACAACCACUACUCCCACUGCAGUACCACUGCACAACCACUACUCCCACUGCAGUACCACUGCACAACCACUACUCCCACUGCAGUACCACUGCACAACCACUACUCCCACUGCAGAAUGUGGGGCGUCCAGACAGAAGGCAAACUCGUUGCGUUCUGACCAGAAACGAGUCUCAGGAGGACGAGUUUGUCAGAGCGAAGGCUGCUGUCGAGUCGGACACUGAGUUCUGGGAUAAGAUGCAGGCAGAGUGGGAGGAGCUCGCUCGGAGAAACUGGCUGGAGGAGUCCGAGGGUCAGCAGCCGAUCCCGCCCAGCGUCUCACCUGUGGAGAAGGGUUACUACUUCAACACUACCAACCCGUACAGAGAGUGGACCAACGCCUUCGCCGAGGGUCAGGAGAAAGCUCGGGACGGAGACCUGAAUGCCGCUGUCCUGCUGCUGGAGGCCGCCAUUUUACAGGACCCGCUGGACUCUGAGGCGUGGCAGCUUCUGGGAACGACUCAGGCUGAGAACGAGAACGAACAGGCCGCCAUCGUGUCCCUGCAGAGGUGUCUGGAGCUCCAGCCCAACAACCUCCUGGCUCUCAUGGCGCUUGCCGUCAGCUUCACUAACAGCAGCAUGCAGCGGGAGGCGUGUGACGCCCUGCGCCGCUGGAUCAGGAACAACCCACGAUACAAACACCUGGGCCUGGAGCACAGGAGCCCCCUACAGGGUUCACCGGCCACACCACGCAGGGGCCCCCACACCUUCACUUCGGCCAGGUGUGAGCUGCAGAGUGUGUUGCUCCUCUUCCAGGAAGCGGUUCUGUUUAAUCUGGACUCAGUGGAUCCAGAUCUUCAGACUGGACUCGGUGUUCUCUUUAAUCUCAGCUCCGACUUUAACAAAGCAGUGGAGGCUUUUACUGCAGCGCUGUCUGUCAGGCCACAGGACUACCGGCUGUGGAACCGUCUCGGAGCGACGCUGGCGAACGGGAAUCGCAGCGAGGAGGCGGUGGAGGCGUACAGCCGCGCUCUGGAGCUGCAGCCGGGAUUCAUCCGCUCCAGAUACAACCUGGGAAUCAGUUGCAUCAACCUGGGAGCUCACAGGGAGGCCGUCAGUAACUUCCUGACAGCUCUGAACCAGCAGAGGCGGAGUCAGCGCUGCAGCCACCAGCAGAUGUCGGCCAACAUCUGGGCGGCGCUGCGUAUCGCCAUCUCCAUGAUGGACCAACCAGAGCUGUUCCAGGCUGCCAACGUCGGGGACCUGGACCUUUUGAUGAGGGCCUUCGACGUGGGCGACAUCUGACGGAGGUGCUGGAACCGCUUGGUUCCAAACCAAAGAGACAACGGCAGCAGCUCCUUCAAAAUAAAAGAGCACAACCUUUUACCUUCCUGUUUAUAAGAGUGUUUUAAAGGGAUCGUUCACUCAAACUUCCCUCGUCAUCUACUCUCCACUAUGAUGGAGGGGGGGGGUGAAGUGUUUGAGUCCACAAAACACAGUCUCAGGGGUAAACGGUGUUGGAGCCAAGGCGACCUCUUCUUCAGAUGCAAAAAAACAACACGCCUCAUAUCUGCUCCUGUGAUGUCAUCAAGUGUCCACAAGCCCGACGUUAACGUUCAACUGGAAACGACGUCACUUGCACCAAGUGUUUGUCCCAAAUGUCCCUGAGGCUCCUCGUGGACAUCAGAGACAUCGAGGCUUCAAACUUGGUGUAAGUGACUCAGUUUCUAGUUGAAUGUGAAUGUCGGGGCUUGUGGACACUUGAUGACAUCACAGGAGCAGAUGUGGAGACAUACCCCCCCCAUAGUGGAGAGUAGAUGAUGAGGGAGUUUAAAUUUGUGGGUGAACUAUCCCUAAAAGCCAUUAAACUGUAAAACUUCACUGCACUUGUAGCCACGCCCAGUAGUGAUGUCACAGUGUACAUACAUACCUGGAGUACACGCCCACGUCACUGUGAUGAGUCAGAUCAGGUCAGAUCUCGUUUUUAUGAGAUUUUAUUUUGAAACCCCAGUUUUCUCAACGUGUCCAGCAGCCUUUAUUGUGAAACUUCUGCAGGAAGUGUUGAGAAUUAACGUCACGAUAAAGCUGUAUUUUUUUGUCAUAACGAGCUCAAUGAUUUAAUUAAAUUAAUAGUUUAAAUGGUUGUAAUAUACAACUUUACCACUAGAUGUCACUAACUACAUACUGACCCUUUAACAAACACUUUACUUUGAAAGGUGACUCAUGUUCACAAUAAAAGCUUUGGACAACGACUGACAAAUAAAACAUGAAUUUAUUUAAAUCAAAUUUUUCAGUUUAAAUUUGAAACUUCUUACUUUGACCUUUAACCUCUGAUGAACGAAGACAAGCUCAGGGAGUCGGUGAUGAAGAGGAGGAGGAAGUUAUCACUGCUGAGGCUGCAGACUGUCAAAAUAAAGUAGUAAAUAUUACUGUCGGCUCAACACAAACAUUUUGUUGAUUUCCGUGCUUUUCAUUUUCUUUUGUUUUAUUCUGAAGGUCCAGUGUCUGUCCUGCUUCUUCUCUAAACUCAGAUAAAAUAUAUUUAAUCACAUUUAAGCUGAAAUAUUAAAACUGUUUGACGUUACAUUUAAAAAUCAACAUUUUAAACUGAACCAUAGAAAAAUUCUGUUUUUAGUUAAUUUUAUUCCUUAAAUCAGUUAAAACGUUUCCUAUUAUUGAAAAUUGACCUUUGAAUUCAAACAAUUAGAAACUUAAAGAAACAGCAAAAAUGUUAUACACAAUAAAACUAUUUGGAAAAUAUGCAAAUCAUAUUUCUAUCAUCUCUUGAAUAAUUCAAAAAACAACAAAUUAUUGUAAUUCACAAACAUUUUAAUCAAAUAUCAUUUAUUUCAUAAAAAUCCAACAAGUAUUUUAUUGAGUGAAGGUGAUGACAUCAUCUCUUUUUGUUUCUCAUGCAAACAAAUGUACAAACAUUAAUGUAAACGUCACUUAUAUGUGAAUAAAACUAUAGAUUUUUAAUAGUCGGUGAGAAAAUGUAUUAAAGCAUAUAGAGUCAUAA